GAGCACCAUGCGCGCAGCAGCCAUCUCCACUCCAAAGUUAGACAAAAUGCCAGGAAUGUUCUUCUCUGCUAACCCAAAGGAAUUGAAAGGAACCGCUCAUUCACUUCUAGACGACAAAAUGCAAAAAAGGAGGCCAAAGACUUUUGGAAUGGAUAUGAAAGCAUACCUGAGAUCUAUGAUCCCACAUCUGGAAUCUGGAAUGAAAUCUUCCAAGUCCAAGGACAUACUUUCUGCUGCUGAAGUAAUGCAAUGGUCUCUGUCUCUGGAAAAACUUCUUGCCAACCAAACUGGUCAAAAAGUCUUUGGAAGUUUCCUAAAGUCUGAAUUCAGUGAGGAGAAUAUUGAGUUCUGGCUGGCUUGUGAAGACUAUAAGAAAACAGAGUCUGAUCUUUUGCCCUGCAAAGCAGAAGAGAUAUAUAAAGUAUUUGUGCAUUCAGAUGCUGCUAAACAAAUCAAUAUUGACUUCCGCACUCGAGAAUCUACAGCCAAGAAGAUUAAAGCACCAACCCUCACAUGUUUUGAUGAAGCACAAAAAGUUAUAUAUACUCUUAUGGAAAAGGACUCUUAUCCCAGGUUCCUCAAAUCAGAUAUUUACUUAAAUCUUCUAAAUGACCUGCAGGCUAAUAGCCUAAAGUGACUGGUCCCUGGUUGAAGGGAAUUAAAAGAUAGUAUCAAGUGCAGAAGGAAUGUGCCAGUAUGGAUCCCUGGGUGAACAACUUGGCCUUUUUUGGGUGUCUUGACAGGCCAAGAAGAACAAAUGACUCAGAAUGGAUUAACAUGAAAGUUGUCCAGGCACAGAUUUGAAGAAGCAGAAGCAAGACAAAAACAGGGAGACCGUAGAAGGAAGAAGAUACUGUGGUACUGUCAUAAAAAACAGUGGAGCUCGUAUUAGAAAGCCCCUCAGAACUGAGAAGGCGAGGUAACUCUAGUUACACAGAAACUGUGACUAAAGGCUAUGAAACUGAUUACAACAGACUGUAAGAAUCAAGGUCAAUUGACAUCUAUGCUACAUAUUAUUAUAUAGUUUGUACUGAGCUAUUGAAGUCCCAUUAACUUAAUGUAUGUGUUUUCAAAUCGCCAUUGCUACUAUUGCUUGUAGGUGUUAUUUUGUUGCUUUAUUGUUUUUGACUUUGAAAGAGAUGAAGGGUGUGUUUAACUUAAGCUAUUGGUCUUAAAACCAGGGAGUCAGAAUAUAUUUGUAAGUUAAAUCAUUGGUGCUAAUAAUAAAUGUGGAUUUUGUAUUAAAAUAUAUAGAAACAAUUUCUGUUUACAAGUCCUUGCUACUUUUAAAAAUUUGCGUUUAUUCCUCAGAUUUUGA